AUGCUGAGGAAUGUCCCUGUAGAUACAAUGGCAACAUCUACCAACCAGGAGAAUUCUAUUCUACUUCUUGUAGGACUUGUUUAUGCUAUAGUGGAAGAUGGAAUUGAUUGCAUGAAUUUGCGCUUUACUAUUUUGGGUGAAUUGAAUCAUUGUGGAAUAAAGGAUACAGACACUUGCCUUAAAGGAGUUACCAUUUUCUUAAACAAAGCCUUGACGGUAAGUGUUGUAAAAUCUCACGGAGAAAUCUAUAUGAAUGGAAUAAGAACCAGACUGCCUGUGUAUUCAGAAAAAGUCAUCAUCUUUCAGCCCUCACCUUUCUAUAUUAUUGUGCAUUCAACCAGCUUUGGACUUCAGGUAGUGGUUCAAACUUUACCCAUAAUGCAGCUGUAUGUGGUCCUGAAUCCUGAAUUUAAAACUCAAACGUGUGGACUUUGUGGAAAUUUUAACAAUGUACAAAAUGAUGACUUCAGGACUGUGAGUGGUAUUAUCCAGGGCACAGCUGCUGCUUUCGUCAAUACAUGGAGAGUGAAUGCUGACUGUCCAAAAAUCAAUGACAUAUAUGAUGAUCCUUGUACUCUCAGUGUGGAAAGUGCUGAAUAUGCAAAGCAUUGGUGUGGGCAACUCGUUGAUUUCACUGGGCUGUUUAGCCCAUGUCAUAAUCUCGUGGAUCCAGAAAUUUACUACAAGAACUGCCUGAUGGACACCUGUAGAUGUGAAAAUAGUGAAAACUGUAUGUGUGCUGCCCUCUUUUCAUAUUACAAAAUAUGUGCAGCAAAAGGGAUUCUGCUAGACAAAUGGCAAACUAUAUGCAGUAAUUAUUCAACAUAUUGUCCUAGAACACAGAGUUUUAGCUACAAGAUUAGCUCAUGUCUACCCACUUGCCGCUCUCUAAGUGAGCCUGACGUCCUCUGCAAAGUUCAUUUUGAUCCAUUGAUUGGGUGUACAUGUAGGUAUGGCUAUUAUCUAAAUGAAUCUGGCAGCUGUAUUCCGGCUUCCUCCUGUCCAUGUUAUUACAGAGGCAAUGAGGUACCACCAGACCAAUCCAUAAACGAUAAUGGAAUAAUUUGUGUCUGUAGCAAAGGAAAAAUGAACUGUUUGAAGCCAUUAAUUACUGCAUGUGACUAUCCAAAGACUUAUGCUAACUGCAGUAACUUGAAUAGAGACACGGGAAUAGAGUGUGCCAAAAGUUGUCAGACUCUGGACAUGCAUUGCUAUUCUACUAGGUGUAUACAAGGCUGUGUCUGUCCACCCGGGCUUGUAUCUGAUGACAAAGGAGGAUGCAUUACUGAAGACAAGUGUCCAUGCAUACAUAAUGGAAUCAUGUAUGGCCCAGGAGCAAAGAUUCAAGUCAGAUGUAACACUUGCACUUGUGAGAAAAGAAUUUGGAACUGUACACACAAGAUUUGUCUAGCAACUUGUACUGUCUUUGGGAACGGACAUUAUAUAACCUUUGAUGGGAAACGCUACAAUUUUAAUGGGGAAUGCCAGUAUACCCUUGCACAGGACCAUUGCUCAGUAAAUGACAACAGCAGUACAUUUAGUAUUAUAACAGAAAAUAUUCCCUGUGGAACCACAGGAAUUACCUGCUCUAAGUCCAUCAAAAUUUUCCUUGGGGGUUAUGAGUUAAUCCUCAUUGAUGAUCAUCUUAAAGUAGCCCAAAAGGGUUUUGGCACUGAUGUUCCAUACAGAGUACGACUGAUGGGUAUCUACUUGGUUAUUGAGUCUCAAAGUGGACUACUAAUGUUAUGGGAUAAGAAGACAACUAUCUUCAUGAAAGUGACUAGUAAAUUUAAGGGGAUGCUAUGUGGACUGUGUGGAAAUUAUGAUGGAAAUGCAAACAAUGAUUUUACAACCCGCAGCAAUGCAAUUGUUGGAAACGUUGUAGAAUUUGGAAACAGUUGGAAGUCGACCCCAACCUGUCCAGAUGCUAAAUUACACAGGGAUCCUUGUUCAUUAAACCCAUAUAGACUACCGUGGGCACAGAAACAGUGUAGUAUCAUAAGCAGUGAAGUCUUCUCUGCUUGUCAUCCACAGGUCGACCCUUUCAAAUACUAUGAUGCAUGUGUCACUGAUUCUUGUGCUUGUAACACUGGUGGAGACUGUGAGUGUUUCUGUACAGCAGUUGCUGCCUAUGCACAGGCUUGUGGAGAAUAUGGAAUAUGCAUCUCCUGGAGAGGUCCAAGCAUCUGUCCUCUUUUCUGUGACUACUAUAAUGAAGAGAAUGGUUGCGAGUGGCACUAUAAACCUUGUGGUGGUGCCUGCAUGAAAACCUGCAGGAAUCCAAGCGGAAUAUGCAAUUAUGACAUAAGUGGCCUGGAAGGAUGUUAUCCCACGUGUCCUCCUGAAAAUCCUUAUUUUGAUGAAGAUGAAAUGAAGUGUGUUUCAGCAUGUGGUUGCUACGAUGAGGACAGGAAACAUUACAAGCUGGGGGCAAUUGUGCCAAGAUGGAAAAACUGCUAUGUUUGUAACUGUACAAUGAAUGGCAUAUUUUGCGUUUAUGAUGUUAAUGGUAAGUUUGUAGAAUAUGAAGUUAACAAAAAUCUGUUUGGGGCUGAAUGUACUUGUACCUAUGAAGGACAUGUGUACAAAUACAAUGAAGUUGUAUAUCAGACGGUUAAUGAUACAGAAGGCUGUGUCACUGGUAUAUGCAAAGAAAAUGGAACCAUCUACAGAGAUGUCCACACCUGCCCCACCACUACAGAAGUCACCUAUUCAACAGUAUCGACUACCACCAAGUUUACCCUUUCUAUCAUACCUUCUACAGCAGAAACCAUACUUACAAGUACCCCUACAACAACAAGCACAAUGACAGCUACAACACAGGCUACUUCACCAACCACAAUCUGUCAAGAUGUUUGUGAAUGGACAGGAUAUUUUAACUUAAACAUUGUUACUUUGGGAAAGUAUGGAGGAGACAUCGAAAACCUUGAUAAAAUAAGAAAUUCUGAUAUUGAAAUAUGUGAAAAUCCCAAACGUAUUGAAUGCAGACCUACAGAUAACAAUGCUAAUACACAAAAUAUUGUAUGUUCCCUAGAUAAAGGUUUGAUAUGCGAGAAUAGGCAUCAAAUUAAUAAUUUUCUUACAUGCUAUGAUUAUGAGAUUAGGUACUAUUGCUGCAAGAAUUACUGUGGAACUACAUAUAUAAAAACAACAAUCCCAGAAACCACAACCACAUCUCCAACAAUUACAACCACAGCCUUAUCAACUACAACCCCAACAACCACAAUCUCCACAACCACAACACCAUCAACAACAGCUACAACAAUCACAGCCCCAUCAACCGCAACAACCUCAAUCUCUAGAACCCCAACAGCCACAACCCCAAUAACCACAGCUCUAUCAACUACAACCCCAGCAACCACAACCCCAAAAACCACAGCCUCAUCAACCACCACCUCAACAACUAUAACAGCCACAACUCCAACAACCACAGCACCAUCAACCGCAACAACAUUAAUCCCUAAAACCCCAACAGCCACAACCAAAACAACCACAACUCUAUCAACUACAACCCCAGCAACCACAACCCCAACUACCAAAGCCUCAACAACUAUAACAGCCACCACUUCAACAACCACAGCACCAUCAACCACAACAACCAAAAUAACUCCAACAGCCACAACCCCAUCAACUACAACAUUCACACCUUCAACAACCACAACUGUAACAACCACAACCCGAUCAACUGUAACAACCACAAUCCAUAGAACCCCAACAGCCACAACCCCAACAACCACAGCUCUAUCAACUACAACCCCAGCAACCACAACCCCAACAACCACAGCCUCAACAACUAUAACAGGCACAACUCCAACAACCACAGCACCAUCAACCGCAACAACAUUAAUCCCUAAAACCCCAACAGCCACAACCAAAACAACCACAACUCUAUCAACUACAACCCCAGCAACCACAACCCUAACAACCACAGCCUCAUCAACCACCACCUCAACAGCUAUAACAGCCACCACUCCAACAACCACAGCACUAUCAACCACAACCUCAAUCCCUAGAACCCCAACAGCCACAACCCCAACAACCACAGCUAUAUCAACAACAACCCCAGCAACUACAACCCCAACAACCACAGCCUCAUCAACCACACCCUCAACAACUAUAACAGCCACAACUCCAACAACCACAGCACCAUCAACCGCAACAACUUUUAUCCCUAGAACCCCAACAACCACAACCAAAACAACCACAACUCUAUCAACUACAACCCCAGCAACCACAACCCCAACUACCACAGCCUCAACAACUAUAACAGCCACCACUCCAACAACCACAGCACCAUCAACCACAACAACCAAAAUAACUCCAACAGCCACAACCCCAUCAACUACAAUAUUCACACCUUCAACAACCACAACUCUAACAACCACAACCCUAUCAACUGUAACAACCACAAUCCAUAGAACCCCAACAACCACAACCAAAACAACCACAACUCUAUCAACUACAACCCCAGCAACCACAACCCCAACUACCACAGCCUCAACAACUAUAACAGCCACCACUCCAACAACCACAGCACCAUCAACCACAACAACCAAAAUAACUCCAACAGCCACAACCCCAUCAACUACAAUAUUCACACCUUCAACAACCACAACUCUAACAACCACAACCCUAUCAACUGUAACAACCACAAUCCAUAGAACCCCAACAGCCACAACCCCAACAACCACAGCUCUAUCAACUACAACCCCAGCAACCACAACCCCAACAACCACAGCCUCAACAAUUAUAACAGGCACAACUCCAACAACCACAGCACCAUCAAUUACAACAGCCAUAACUUCAACAACCACAAAUCUAACAACCACAUCAACUGCAACAACCACUACCCCAAGAACUCCGACAACCUCAGCUCCAUCAACUACAUCAGCCACUACCCCAACAAUAACAGCUCGAUCAACCAUAGCCGCAUCAUCUACAACAACCACAAGAACCCCAGCAACCACAGCCCCAUCAACUACAACAACCACAAGAACCCCAACAACCACAACCGCAUCAACUACAACAUCCACAACCACAACAACCACAGUGCCAUCAACUACAGCCUCAUCAACUACAAUAACUACAGCCCCAUCAACCACAACCCUGACAACCACAACCCCGACAACCACAACCCCAUCAUCUGCAAGAACCACAUACCCAAGAACUCCAACAACCACAGCCCCAUCAACUACAUCAGCCACAACCUCAACAAUAACAGCUCCAUCAACCACAGCCUCAUCAACUACAACCACCACCCCAGCAACCACAGCCCCAUCAACUACAAAAACCACAAGAACCCCAACAGCCAAAACCACAUCAACUACAACAGCCAAAACCCCAACAACCACAGUCCCAUCAACCACAGCCUCAUCAACUACAACAACCAGAGUACCAUCAACUACAACCACAACACCCUCUUCCCCAACAACAACCAAAACCCCAAGCACCACAACAGCUACAACCCAAAAAACCACAACCCCAUCAACUACAAAAGCCACAACACCCAUAGCAUCAUUAACUCCAACAACUCCAACGACCACAGUCCCAAUGUUUAGCUCUGGAUCAACUGGUAAACGUACAAUGUACCCAGUUACAUGUACACCAAGGUGUUACACGACAAAUUGGAUAGAUGUGCAUAAGCCUACAACUGGAGAAUCUGGAGAAGAAGUUGAAAACAUUGGAAUAGCAAAGGCAUCUGGAAUACAAGUCUGUUCUUUGCCAGAUAAAAUUAUGUGUCAAGUAAAAAACAUGUCAAAAGAACAAAAUGAAGUGCAGAACAUAACAUGUACUUUAGUGCAAGGAUUAAUAUGUUACAAUGAUGAACAAGCUUCAAAACAAUGCUAUGACUAUGAGAUACAGUACAUAUGCUGUGAUGAUGUACGUCACUGUGAAACUACAGCUGCAACAACAACUUGCCAGUGCAAAAUGAAUGGUUCAAUAUUCCUACCAGGCAAUAUUAUUUCCAACAUAACAGAUAGCUCCGGUUGCACUAUUAUAGAAACUUGCAGUAAUAGUUGUAAUAUUAAAAAAUCUCACUACUGCGCUUCAACUUCAUAUGCCACGGCAACAUUAAAAACGAUUCCUUCAGCCACAAUUUCUACAACAAUGACAACGCAUUCUACAGUAACUACUCCUAAAACAUCAACAAGAACUGUAACAACCACAACCACUCCUCCAUCUACCGCUAUCUCAACAACAGCUACUCAGUUUACUACAGUAACUUCUCCUAAAACAUCACCAAGAACUACAACCACAACCACUCCUCCAUCUACCAGUGCAUCAACAAAAACAACUACUCAGUUUACUACAGUGACUUCUCCUAAAACAUCACCAAGAACUACAACCACAACCACUCCUCCAUCAACCCGUGCAUCAACAAAAACAACUACCCAGUUUACUACAGUGACUUCUCUUAAAACAUCACUAAGAACUACAACUACAACCACUCCUCCAUCAACCAGUGAAUCAACAAAAACAACUGCCCAGUUUACUACAGUAACCACUCCUAAAACAUCACCAACAACUGCAACCACAACCAAAACCACUCCUCCGACUACUAUCUCAACAACAUCUACUCAGUUUACUACAGUAACGUCUCCUAAAACAUCACCAAGAACUACAACCACAACUACUCCUCCAUCUACCAGUGCAUCAACAAAAACAACUACUCAGUUUACUACAGUGACUUCUCCUAAAACAUCACCAAGAACUACAACCACAACCACUCCUCCAUCAACCAGUGCAUCAACAAAAACAACUACCCAGUUUACUACAGUGACUUCUCUUAAAACAUCACUAAGAACUACAACCACAACCACUCCUCCAUCAACCAGUGCAUCAACAAAAGCAACUACCCAGUUUACUACAGUAACCACUCCUAAAACAUCACCAACAACUGCAACCACAACCAAAACCACUCCUCCAUCUACUAUCUCAACAACAUCUACUCAGUUUACUACAGUUACGUCUACUAAAACAUCACCAAGAACUACAACCACAACCACUCCUCCAUCUACCAGUGCAUCAACAAAAACAACUACUCAGUUUACUACAGUGACUUCUCCUAAAACAUCACCAACAACUGCAACCACAACCAAAACCACUCCUCCUUCUACUACUAUCUCAACGACAACUACACAGCUUACUACAGUAACUUCUCCUAAAACAUCACCAAGAACUACAACCACAACCAAAACCACUCCUCCAUCUACUACUAUCUCAACAACAUCUACUCAGUUUACUACAGUAACUUCUCCUAAAACAUCACCAAGAACUACAACGACAACCACUCCUACAUCUACCAGUGCAUCAACAAAAACAACUACUCAGUUUACUACAGUGACUUCUCCUAAAACAUCGCCAACAAAUGCAACCACAACCAAAACAACUCCUCCUUCUACUACUAUCUCAAUGACAACUACACAGAUUACUACAGUAACUUCUCCUAAAACAUCACCAAGAACUACAACCACAAUCAAAACCACUCCUCCAUCUACUACUAUCUCAACAACAUCUACUCAGUUUACUACAGUAACUUCUCCUAAAACAUCACCAAGAACUACAACCACAACCACUCCUACAUCUACCAGUGCAUCAACAAAAACAACUACUCAGUUUACUACAGUAACUUCUCCUAAAACAUCGCCAACAACUGCAACCACAACCAAAACAACUCCUCCAUCUACUACUAUCUCAACGACAACUACACAGAUUACUACAGUAACUUCUCUUAAAACAUCACCAAGAACUACAACCACAACCACUCCUCCAUCAACCAGUGCAUCAACAAAAACAACUACCCAGUUUACUACAGUAACCACUCCUAAAACAUCACCAACAACUGCAACCACAACCAAAACCACUCCUUCUACUACUAUCUCAACGACAACUACACAGCUUACUACAGUAACUUCUCCUAAAACAUCACCAAGAACUACAACCACAACCAAAACCACUCCUCCAUCUACUACUAUCUCAACAACAUCUACUCAGUUUACUACAGUAACUUCUCCUAAAACAUCACCAAGAACUACAACCACAACCACUCCUACAUCUACCAGUGCAUCAACAAAAACAACUACUCAGUUUACUACAGUGACUUCUCCUAAAACAUCGCCAACAACUGCAACCACAACCAAAACCACUCCUCCAUCUACUACUAUCUCAACGACAACUACACAGAUUACUACAGUAACUUCUCCUAAAACAUCACCAAGGACUACAACCAUAACUAAAACUACUCCUCCAUCUACUACUAUCUCAAUGACAAUGACUCAGCUUACUGCAGUAACUUCUCCUAUUACUGCAACUGCUACUACUAUGGUUACUGCUCCUAAAACAACUAUUCACUCUACCACAACUAGAACCAGUACAGGCUCCUCAUUAUUAACUUUGAAAACUUCAAUGCAAAUGACCAUGACAACAGCCAGUCAUCAUACUAUAAAAAAAACUGAAGCUACUACCAGUAUAUCAAAAACUAAUCAGACUACUACAAGAACAGCACCACCAUCUUCUACCAAAACAUUAGUACAAACCACUAUUAGAAAAGCAUCAACUCCACAAAUUACAUAUUCAAAAGCAGCAUCUACAGCACCACAUGGUUGUUAUGGAAGAAAGAAGGAUGAAAAUGGACAGAUCCAGACAGAUAUUUAUCGCAAGCCCACAUCAACUAACAGUUUUCUUCACUGGUCGAGCUGGCAUCCAACUGCCCUGAAAAAUGGUAUACCGUUUGGGCAGUAUUUACAGGCCAGAAGAAAUUGCUCGACGGAUGAGCUGUUCAAAAUUCAAGCAGAUGACCUAUAUAGACGAUUCCGUGUUAGGGGAUACCCUCGGAAAGCUCUAAAAAGAGCCUAUAACCGAUGGGCCACCUUCCCUUUCCUAACAAAAGACAAUACCCUGGGUCCUCGUGACAAAUCACAGUCUGAGAAAAGUUGCAGGCAUGAUGAUAAUGAGGAUUAUGAUGAUGAUUGUGUGUUGGACUGGACCUGGCAACUGGAUCAGGGUGAUGAUGAGGUGCCUGGAGAAACCUGGUCACCUCCAGAUGACAAAUGCAUUAAAUACUUUUGCGAUGAUCAUUAUGAGUUGAUCAUUAUAAAACAAACCUGUCAACCAUUUGACCCAUCAUUAUGUAAAGAGGGAACUAUAAAGACAGACGAAAGUGGAUGUUGCAAAACAUGUGCAGCUAAGCAAGUCGGUAAAUGUGAAGUUUACAGCAAUUUAACCGUCAUCUAUUUUCAAAACUGUAAAUCUCCUGCACCUGUGAAAGUGAAUUAUUGUGAAGGGACCUGCAUGUCUAACACCAAGUAUUCCUUUCCGAAUCAGAAGAUGGAAGGGAAUUGUACAUGCUGUGUACCAAAGACAACCGAACAAAGAACUAUAACACUGGAGUGCAAGAAUGGAAAGUCUUUCAAGUAUAAAUUCACCUAUAUAUUGACAUGUGACUGUUCUGUUCCUACCUGUGCAUAUUUGAAUAAUGAAGAUUAG